AUUAAUUUUUAGUGUCGUGUAGCCUAUAUUGCGAUACCGGAAGUAGCUUUCGAGUGAGGAAAAUGGAGUCGACAACUUUCGCUUUGGUUUUGUUGGUAUUUAUCAAUGUAAUUUUACCAGUAGACGCCUUGAACUCAUUGACGAACAUAAACAACGAGUUCAAAGUUGAUUCCAAGAGAGUUGAAAACUUAUUCAGCCAGAAAGUUUUAAGAGAGAUUCAAUCAGUCCGCGAAGGGGAUGUGAACAAGUAUGUGAGGAAUUUCGAAUCAUUUCAAAGUGUGCAGGCCAAUGGAAGCUCUUGCGUAUGCAGUGGAUACAACUGUGGUUGCUGUGCAGAUCUUAAGUGGGAUGUCAUACAUCUGGAUGAUACAGUGUGCGUGAAUGUGUCAUAUCUGCCUGCACCUGAGUAUGGGAUAUCUGCUACUCUGACUGUGGAUGGUAAAACCAUCAUCAACGAAACUGUGUCUGCCCGCAACCCACCACCCCUGUGUGUGGAUGUUCCCUACCUAAAGGAGUAUGCCAGUCUGUGUAUCCGUCUCAGCCAGAUCACAGUCACCCCCAGGUCCUUCAGUGCAUGCGCAUCAAUUGAGGCAGAGGUAUUCAAAAUCAAGGUCGAGGAGAUAAAUCUGGGAUGUUUCACUAUUCCUCCGAAUGUCAAGGUCACCCAGGGGUCAUCAGAUGGUCCUCUCCUCUGGUCAAAGGGCAGCCUGAAGUCCGUGGAUGCUCUCAAAGAUGUUCCUUUCUGAUCAGAUAAAAUGUUGUCCAAAAAUGAUGCUGAGUAAAGAACAUUGUCAAAAGGGGUUUGAAGGUUGUUCGUUAUAUAAAGGAGGGAGAACACUUCAGUAAUAUUUAGUUUUUUUUCUGUGUUGUUUUUUAGAUUAUUUUCUUAACGUGUCUCUUUUCAUGAUAAUUCAGAUCUGGACUUGAUAUUUGUAAAUAGUUAUUACAAUAUAAAUAUUAUUAUGCCUGCUCUAUUGUUGAUGAUUUUGGAAACGCUACCAUCAAAACCAACAAGUGCCAAGAUUCUGGUAGAACAACUUAAAUUACAACAAUUGCAGUUUUGUUUUUUUAACAUGGCUUGUAAUUUCAGAAUUUAUUUGCAAAAAUAAUGUCACCAAAUUAUGUUAACUUAAAAAAAAAGGCAAUUUUUUUAAACAACAUUUUGCGAAUGAUUGUAUAAUUCAUUGCUAUUUCAUUAAACGUCUAUAGUUCAAUUAAGGUUGUUUUUAUAACAAAUUAAUAUUCAGGUGAUAUUUUAAGUGAAAUAAAUGGCACACUCUGACUUUACAUGUAGUUUUUGAUAAAAUCCUGUCUGCCAAAGGCAAAAGAUUAUUGUUGUGCGUGUUUUGUUUACACAUCAGGGUAAUUAUUAAUACUUGUUUGAAAUAACUGGUAUGCAUGAAAAAUAGUAAUUCAACUUGACCUCUUGAUCAAUGCUUUGCGUCUGAAGGAGGGCAUGUAGGUAGUAUCACUGCCUUUCUAGGGCUGGGUGUCUGGUGGGUGAUCCGUAUGACCAGAUUAAGUUGCAGCUCUGUUACAUUUACCUGCCUGGAAGGAUUUUUUUAUAAGUAUGUGUAUUAUAAUCCUGCAUUACCAGACAAUGCAUUCUAUGCGAUGCCUAUGCGCUUUGAAGAAAAGUAAAGGUCACAAAACAAGGUGAAAGUUAUGAAGUUUUGUUUCUGUUCUGAGUUUUUGAAUGUCUCUGAAUUUUUUUUUUACAAGUUUUAAUGAGUUCCCAUGUGUCUAUAGAGCUAUCAUGCUUCUUAUUGAAAUGUUAGAUCUAUAUUCAAGUUCAAAGGCCAGGACUUUAUGAUGCUGCUAUAAAUGUGAAAGUUUAGUUCUAUAUUCAAGGUCAAAGGUCAGGACUUUAUGAUGAUUCUAUUUAUGUGAAAGGUUAGGUCUAUAUUCAAUGUCAAAGGUCAUGACUUUAUGUUGCUGCUAUUAAUGUCAGAAAAUAUUUUAAUAUGUCUGUGGAUAAUAAUUCCCUUUCAUGGUACCAUAUGUUGUGAACCACACAACUUCUGUGCUGUUUGUUUAAAGGUCAAGGUUAAAGUAAAGGUCACUAUAAAAUGUAACAUUAAAUAAAAAAAAUUCUUUUCUGUAACUUCACUGCUAUGGAGUUAAUUAAUAUUACUUCUGAUUGUUAAUACCAUACCCAAAUUAUGUGUCAGAUACAUUUACCAGAGUGAAGCCAAGGUCACAAUUAAAGUCAAAGGUCAUUGACUUUAUUUUGUAUCCUUUAUUCUUUAGAGGGUAUAUACUACUUAUGUGAAUACAUAUUCCAUAAGAUGAGUGAUGUGCAAUUCUUAUGCCCCUAGGUUAACAGCUAAAGUCAAGGUUAUAAUUCAAUGUCAAGGGACUUGAGUUAUCGUUUCAGCUUUUAAACCCCUGCCAAAGGCGAAGGGAUAUAGAAUUGGCGUUUCGUGUCCGUCUGUCACAAACUUUUCAGGGCUUUAUCUCAGAAACUCACUCAAAUUGAAACUAUAUAAGAUAUCAACAUGAAACUUCAUGGGUGUAUAGAAAUCAAUGACGAAAUUUGGCAGGGAUACCAAUUCAAUGAAUUGCUUGUUAAAUUAAUAAAAUUACAUUUUGUACUGUUCGUCUUUGUACUCUGACAUUCCUUGUUUCUAUGAUGUGAGUUACUUUUUUAUUUAAUUAAUAUUGCGGGUGUGCAGUGUUCUUAUUAACCAUUUGAUGGUUUACUAUUUGCCUUCAGAUGGGCAUUAAAAUAUAUUUCUUUAUCAUGUUUUAGAAAAAAGAUUAUUUACUGUUAAUUUUGAAUUUAUCAUGUGUUUGAACAUUUAGUUUUUCUCAAACUAUAAGCAUUUUGCUUGUGUACUUCAUAUUAUUUUGCUCCUAUACUUAAUCAUACAUAAAUACUGGUUUAAUUUUAGUAUAUAAUACAACAGACCAGAUAGUGUCCCAGUAAAUAUUAAAACAGUUCAAUAGUAUUAUGAUAUUUAAGUGCCAAUUUUAAAUAUAAGCUGUUUUGUUGAUGACUUUUUAUGUUAGAAACGUUUUUUAAUACUUUACCAGAACUUACAUUUUUUUAUUAACAGUCAUACAUAUUUGUAUUAUAAUUGCACAACAUAUUUAUGCGAAUCAAACGUAGUAUAUUAUUAUAUUACAUAAAAGUGCCUUUUAAUAACUAUCCUUUUAUGUAAAUAAUUUCAAGAUGAGCUUGUAGAUGGUGAAAAUAUUCAGAUGCUGUUUACACAUUUUACAUGAAGUCUUUAAUUUAUGUAAUGCUCAUUUAAUACAUAUAAAUAUUUUUCUUGAUUAAAUAUCAAUACAUGAUUUGUUUAAAUAAAUUAUCUUUUCUAAUGUAAUGAAAGUUUAUAUGUUUGCGUUUAUCUCUGGCAUUCCCGUUCCUGCAUAAUUUCCAAUAUGUUUUGUAAGUGACUUUACCGAUAUUAUAAUCUAAUUAACCCUUUCAGUGCUGGAACCGAAUUUUGAAGGCCUUUGCAAACAGUUUGGAUCCAGAUGAGACGCCACACAACGUGGCGUCUCAUCAGGAUCCAAACUGUUUGCUAUUCUGAUAGUAUUCUUUAGAAAAAAUGAAGAAAAUGCUAAUUUAAGAAAUUCAGCAGAUGACAUUUUAGCAGACGACAAAUUUCCCAGCAUGCAAAGGGUUAAACAGACGAGCAUUAUAUGGCUGUUUGGUACAUGUAGUUCACACAUGUUUGCUUCGUAACAGAAUUUGUCUUUGAAAAGAGCAUUUAGCCUAAGUGUAUUUAGCAUUAUUGGUAUGCAUAUUCUAUUACCAUUAUUGAACAAAUUCAUAGAUUAAUCGUUGUUUAAAGGCAUUACAUGAAUAGUUUUGAGCACCAUAAAACGAAAGCCGAUUCAGUACUAAACAAUGACUAAACGUUAUAGAUCCUUUUUUUCAAAUCUACUAAUGCAUCUAUACACCUAUCUUACAGCUACUGCUCUGGAUCUUUUGUUAACCUGAUUCAUUUAAGAUGCUGUGAUUAAAAUAUUGAUGGUUAUGAGUUUGAAAUAAAGCUUUGUGUAGCGUG